GUCGAUUCGGAUCGCGCGACUCGUUUGAAUCUGUGGCGCGUCCUACGUCACGGAUCCGCUGCGGUGUUACGUCAUCGGGCCAUCAUGGCGGAGUACAGUGAGCUCGUGAACCUCAGGCGACGAUUCAAAACAAACGAGCAAGAAGAGCAAGAUGAACAGAUGUCUGGUCCUGAUGAGUCUGUGGAGGAGAAGGCCUCUCCUCGAAUCAACCGUCACUCAGUUUUCUGGAUCCUGGCGUCUGUGUCUCUCACCUACUACCUGGACUUCUUCUCUGUGCUCCUCCACCACAGGGACAUCCACAGCUGGUGGUUUGGUGCCGCUCUGCUGCUGCUGGGGCUGUGUCUGUGUCUCUUCUUCUUCUGUGUUCUGUAUCUGGAGUGGUUCAGAGGAAUCAGACAGUAUGAUCAGGAGUAUCCCGCUCUUCCCGCCGUCACCACCGCGGCCUUCAUCGCCGCCUCCUGCAGCUUGAACAUCGCUCUGUGGCCCGUCUGGUCCUUCUUCACUCCCCUGAUUCUCUUCACACAGUUCAUGGGUGUAGUGAUGCUCAUCUCACUGCUGGGCUGAACGCACGCUGAAUCACGUCUGGAGUCUGUAAUGAAGCGGAGACCGAUAGAGAGGUCAGCUGAUCAGUGAUGAACAUGUGACCUCUCUCUGACCUCUGACCUCUGAGGGCUUAAUGAACACUGAGGAACAGGAGGAACAGGAGGUGUGUUUCCUGACGGAGGUGAACAGGAAGGUCCUGCUGACUGAAAAAGGCAGAUUGGUUUCUAUUAACAUAUGUUUUGUACCAUGUUUUAAUGUUUGUCUGUAACUGAUAUAAAGGAUGUUUGUAUUAAA